AAAUAGAUUUCCUUUUUUUUUCGUGGUUUCGUUUUUUGUUUCUGCGCAUUUCGCUGUUUUUAUUUUCCAACCACCGUAUUACGCGGACCAAUUGUCCCCAAUAUAAGCCUCACCUUCCUACUAGGGUUCCAUGCCUCACUUCUCCCCACAUUUCUCUCUUCUUCUCUCACUUCCUUGUCUGCUUCUCUCUCUCUCUCCGUCUUUGAAAUAUUCUGAUUUGUGUUUUUUAUUCUCAACUCCCUCUUCUUUUGUUUCACUGGUUUCAAAUUCAAACCCAAAUUUGGUUGUCACUUCUGGGUUUUCCAAUCGGAGUGACUACAAUUUCAUUUUGGAGGGGAUUCAUUUUUUAGUUUCAGGAAGUUCAAUUUCGAAUUUCUAGGAAAAUGUUGGGUUUUCAAUUCCUCGGUCUCAAAUUGCAGUUUUAGAAGUUUUAAGCCUGAGAUUGUUAUUAUUCUUCUUUUUUUGGGGGUAUCAGUUUCUUUGUGAAAUGAGUGUGUGAAAUUUAGUUUUUUAUUUCUGGUUUUAAAAGUGAGGUGAAAAAGUUUUAAAAUUCGAGAACAUUUCGUUUCGUUUGAAUCUUUGGUAUCUCGCUUCAUGAGACAGGUGUUGGAGGAGGAUUGAGUGGGUUUGUCUAAGUUGCGUUGUGUACGAGAAUGCCCGCGACGGACUACCAAGGGUCGUCUCCUGCAUCUUUAACCCAUUUUGGCCGUUCAUUUUUCAGUCUUCGUCGCGAACAGGUUCACUCCAUUUCCAUGGAAGGGUCAAGCUUGGAGGCUGAGAUGGAAUCUUUUCAGCAAAACGUCACUGACCGGUUCUUGGAACUUUCUUCGGUUGCCCCUGAUGAUUUGCUUUCAGUCUCGUGGGUUGGGAAGCUCCUUGAUUGCUUCCUGUGUUGCCAAGAGGAAUUCAGAGCCAUUGUCCGUGCCCAGAAGACACAGGUGUUGAGACCUCCCUUGGAUCGCAUGGUGUCUGAUUACUUUGACCGCAGUGUUAAGGCUUUGGAUGUUUGUAACGCUAUUCGUGAUGGGAUUGAGCAGAUUCGCCAAUGGCAGAAGCUGUUGGAGAUUGUUGUCUAUGCAUUGGGGAAUCAGAGGAGCAUUGGCGAGGGCCAAUUUCGAAGAGCUAGGAAGGCCCUCGCUGAUUUGGCAAUUGGGAUGCUUGAUGAUAAGGACUCUAAUGCCUCAAUUGCGAACAGAAACCGGUCCUUUGGCCGCAACACUGGUUAUAAAGAUCAUCAUCACAGCCAUAGUCAUGGUCACAGUCACAGUAGCGGUAGUGGCUAUCAUCAUCGGUCUUUAGGGCAUUUUCGAUCGCUUUCAUGGAGUGUUUCUCGGACUUGGUCUGCUGCCAAGCAGCUCCAAGCAAUUGGGAGCAGCAUUAAUCCACCUAAGGCAAAUGAUCUUGUGGCUUCUAAUGGAAUUGCAAUGACGUUGUUCAUCAUGAAUUCGAUCCUGUUGUUUGUUAUGUGGGCUCUUGUGGCAGCAAUUCCGUGCCAGGACCGCGGAUUACAUGUCCACUUUACCAUUCCCAGGAAUUUCUCUUGGGCUGCUGCAUUACUCUCUCUCCACGAAAGGAUCAUGGAGGAAUCAAAGAAGAGGGAACGCAAGAAUUCCUGUGGCUUGCUCAGGGAGAUUCAUCAGAUUGAGAAAUGUGCUAGAUCGAUGAAUGAAUUGUCUGAUUCUGUGUACUUCCCGUUGACAGAGGACAAAGAGCGGGAGGUUAGACAGAUAGUGCAGGAGGUUUCACAAGUUUGUGAUGCUUUGAAAGACGGGCUGGACCCUUUGGAGCGCCAAGUAAGGCAGGUUUUCCAUAAGAUUGUUCGCAGUCGAACAGAAGGGAUUGACUCUCUUGGUAGGCCAACCUGUGCUGAAUAAUUUGUUACCCGCAUCAUUAUUUGUGGGUGCUGUAAUGAAAUACAAGUUGAGAUUAUGUGAUAACUUAAUUUUGCUUCUAUGGAAA